AUGAAUAAAAACUAUUCGAGAAUAUCAUGGGAAAACGAAAUAAACGAUGUCAGUGUUCUUCUUGGUUCAAUUAUAUCAAGGCGCGAAAUGCUAGAACAGUCCCAAAAUGCAGCUAAGAUUUUAUUUCCCACAUGUUGGUUAGCUGAACUGGUCAUAUCAAAUAGACAUCAACCAUCAGUAAACUGUCCUCUGGAAGUGCUUAUUCGUGAAAUCAGAAAUUCAACUGAUCAAGAGAUUAAUGUUAAAGAAGUAACGACAAGUUUUAUCACUCAAUUAGCAUCUGUUAGCAAAAGUCAAAAUCAGCCAAACUUCAAUUCGACGAACAACAACCAGCACAUGAUAUCUUUCGAAUUGAAUAAAGAUAAUAAACAUGGUGAAUAUGUUGCUCAUUUUGUUAUGAUUUUGGAAUCACUACCUAAAGCUCACCUCCACAAGGCACAACUGCUCAAAAAUCAAUUUUCGUCUACACUGAAUCGAAUUAUUCGUCUGGAACAAUUCAAUGAGUUCUCAUCAACCUCAACACUUUUAAAGCAAAGAUAUCCAUGUUGCAGUCAGGGUACAGAAGCUUCAACAUGGAUAAGUCGUGAAGAUAAUACGCUGAUUCUUAAGCUUUGUGAAUCACUUUGGGAUACAGAGGCGAAUCGUUUACAACAUAAAGUUCUUAAAUAUAUUAUGGAGCGUACUAAUUCAGAGAAUGGUUUUAUUGUUAUGCGGAAUAUCGACACUUCAGAGUUGGUUUGUCACUGUACUGGAAAUGAAAUAUUCGAAGAAUCUACUUAUAUUGAAAAUGAUAGUUUUUUUAAUGAAAUAAUGCAAUCCGGUAAAACGUUUAAAGCAACAUAUUUAAAUUCAGAACAAGAAAAUACUUUAUUAUCUAUUUUAUCAGUUCAUAAUACAUACAUGAAUAAUGAAAAUUAUAUAACGAAUCAAAAUGCAAAUAUUCAAAUCCAUUCAGUUUUGUGCAGUCCAGUUUUUACUCGUUCUAGUGAUAGCCCUAUUGCAGUUGUUUGUUUAAUCAAUAAAAGAGAUUCUCAAUUUACACAAUCAGACGAACGUAUUAUCGAAGAAUGUUUUCGUUUUGUUGCACCUAUUCUUUUAAGCUCAUUGGCAUAUCAAAACGAACGAUAUAUAAGAGAUAGAACUGAAGAUAUGCUUAAAGUUGCAAGGAAUAUUUUCACUCAUAUGAUGGAUUUAACAAAUCUUCUAUUGAAAAUAAUGCAAGAAGCUCAAAAUUUAACCAAAGCUGAAAGAUGCUCAGUUUUCUUGCUUGAUUCUGAAACUAAUGUAUUAGUUGCAAAAGUACUAGAUGGAUUACCAACAGCUCCUAAUAAAAAUACACGUUUUACUACGACAGAUGGCAAAAUUGUUACAUUACCAGAAGAAAUUCGACUAAGUUUAAAUCAAGGCAUCGCUGGAUACGUAGCUACAACCGGUGAAUUAUUAAAUAUAAAAGAUGCCUAUGCUCAUCCACUUUUUUAUCGUGGUGUUGAUAAAGAAACUGGAUUUCGUACAAGGAAUAUAUUAUGUUUUCCAAUAAAAAAUGAAAAGGAUGGUAUAGUUGGUGUUGCACAAUUAUGCAAUAAAAUCAAUCACCCUUUUUUCACAAGAGCUGAUGAAGAUGUAGCUAAAACAUUUUCAAUUUACUGCUGCAUAAGUAUAGUACAUUCCUUAAUGUACAAAAAUGUUCAAGAUGCACAACACCGUACUAAAUUGGCCAAUGAACUUAUGAUGUACCAUAUGAAGGUGGAUGAAGACAAAAAGAAUUGGUUAACCACCUGUGAAAUUAAAGAUAUCAAUACAUUUCUACCUAAUGCAAGUUCUUUUGAAUCUUUACCAAGAAAUAUUCAACCUGAAAAUGAAACAUAUCUCUGUACAUUAAGCAUGUUUCAUAAUUUGGAUUUAAUUAAUCGUUGGCGUAUUUCACGGAGAACACUGGCUCAAUUCAUUUUGAUGGUUCGUCGUGGUUAUCGUACUCCAGCUUAUCAUAAUUGGAUGCAUGCAUUUUCUGUUGCACACUUUGUUUAUGUCUGUAUUAAAAACUUACCAUUAGCCAAUAAUCAGUUGGAUGAUAUUGAAAUAUUGGCAUUAUUUGUAGCAUCAUUAUGUCAUGAUAUUGACCAUCGUGGAACGAACAACAGUUUUCAGGUUCAAUCCGAAUCUGUAUUGGCUGCUUUAUAUAGUUCCGAAGGUUCCGUUUUAGAAAGGCAUCAUUUCUCCCAGACCAUUUGUGUGCUAAACACAGAGGGAUGUAAUAUUUUUGAAAAUGUUUCUAAAGAAGAUUACGGUCAGUUGUUAGAUCAUAUUCGUGACAUAAUUCUAGCAACUGAUUUGUCACAUCAUCUUCGCAUAAUGCCGAAAUUGGAAGAACUGUCUCAUAGAGGAUAUGAUGGGACGAAAUCGGAGGAUCAUUAUCUUCUUUUAUGCCUCUUAAUGACUUCAGCUGACUUGAGUGAUCAAACCAAAUCUUGGAACAACACAGUUUAUGUCGCGAAAUUAAUUUAUGAAGAAUUUUUCCAACAAGGUGAUAUGGAAAAAUCAUUAGGACAUAAUCCAGUCGAUAGUAUGGAUAGAGAACGAGCAUGUGUGCCAAAUUUGCAAAUUUCUUUCCUGGAUUACAUAAUCACACCACUAUACAAGGUACUGAACAAUUUAUAUCCACAAUGCUCAAGUAUUUUAGAUACUAUAGAGAAAAAUCGUGAUAACUGGAAAAUAAUUCUUGAACUUGUUGAAAAAGGUGAUAUUAAAGGUAAUGGUUCAGAGAUAUUCAAUCAUAAUCUUGUUGGAAUAUUGGCUCAGUUACAAUUGAAAUCAACAACGGGACCAACAUCAUAA